AUGCCCGAAACAGCGGCGCAACGGCCUGCGGGCCAGGCGGCACGGCGCCAGCAAGACCAAGGCAGUGGCAUCAGCAUGAACAAAAUCAUCAUGGGUGUCGUCUUCUACCUCGGCGUCAACGUCUUCCUCAGCUUCUACAUGGCCAAGGACCAGACCGGCGUGGCCACCACCAAUCCCGAGACCGGUGAAUCCAUCAUCGUCCCCGGCAACUUGGGGACCAUCCCGCCUUACCAGCUUCGGCCGCGACACCUCGAUGAGGGCGCUACUUACAGGCACAUCCCUAAGACCAUUGCCCCCAUCUGGCCACAGGACAGUCACCUGGACAUUGUCGUUGCCAUCUCGCCCUCUUUUAACCCGAUCCCUCUGGCCAAUGUUCAACCCGAGUAUAUCGUGCUGGACGAGAAGAGGUUUCACAUGAACAACAAGACGGACAAGCGGUCAGUCGAUACUACCUUUACCGUGCCGGAAGCCGUGCAGAACAAUGGCACGCUUUGGGGUCACUUCUACAUUGGCCUUGCUGGUAGCGUUCUGGAUCCGUAUCUGCCUAGCUAUGACCCCGGUCGAGCAUACCACGUUGUCCAUCCUCUCACCCAGUAUCUGCCCAAGAAAAAGGUAGUCAAGACAAGAAAUCUGCUUGAGGAUCUUCCUUCCCCCGUAGAGGAGCCAGAAGAGGUGGACACGUCGGGCCCCAUCAUUUCAAACUACUACCACCAGAAUGCCAGUUUCUCCCUGGUGCCUGGCCUGGGAGUCAAGGACUUGGACACUAUUCACCCUGCCCUCAAGACGUUCCUCCGCCUUGAGGCAACCGGCGCCCGCGAUGGCACGGGCCAAAACGGCUGGUACUAUCCAACUCUUUUUGUCAACACGUUCUGGCAGUUGAAGACCCACAUGACGCUCCUUAAUGACACAGUCAAGGAGCUGCCGCUUCACAUCGACCUCAACAACAUGCCCGGCUGGCAAUUCUAUGCCAUGGCCGCUGUUGAGCAAAAUUCAAAGGAGAACGCUCGCCAGGCUGCCCUCGGCAACCCAAUUCCUGGCGGCGGCGAUGGAUCGGAGAUCGAAAUGAUCAAGGAAAUCUUUAUCGACACCAACCCCAUCCUGCUCGGCAUCACCGCUUUUGCCAGCAUUGCUCACAUGAUUUUGGAGACGCUUGCCUUUGGAUCCGACAUUGCCCACUACCGCAAGAAGAAGGACAACGUUGGCAUUUCGGUCCGCUCCAUCUUAGCCAAUGUGUUUAUGCAGACAGUCAUCUUCCUGUAUCUGCUAGACAACUCGCAAAACACGAGCUGGAUGAUUCUCGGCACCCAGGUUGUCGGCAUCGUCAUUGAAUUCUGGAAAAUCACCACCGUCGUCAACGUUCGUUUCCAAGAGACGGCUCCGGGCUCGCUUUUGCCGUACUGGUUCGUCUUCGAAGACAAGCACAAGCUUACCGAGACCGAGGAGAAGACCAAGGAGUAUGAUGAAAUCGCUUUCAAGUACAUGUACAUCCUGGCAGUGCCUCUGCUGAUUGCCUACGGCAUCUACUCUCUAUUCUACGAUACUCACAAGUCGUGGUACUCGUUUGUCAUCACCACUCUUGUCGGAUCCGUCUACACCUACGGCUUCCUUAUGAUGGUUCCCUCCCUGUACAUCAACUACCGACUCAAGAGCGUGGCGCACAUGCCCGCCAAGGCCAUGAUGUACAAGUUCCUCAACACCUUUAUUGACGACCUGUUCGCCUUCACCAUCAAGAUGCCCAUCCUGCAUCGACUGGCGACGUUCCGAGAUGACGUCAUCUUCUUCAUCUACCUGUACCAGCGAUGGGCCUACAGAAUCGACCAUACCCGUGUCAACGAGUUUGGCCAGGGAGGUGACGAUGAGGAACCUGUUGACAAGAAGGAUGAGAAGGACAAGGCUGCCAUUAAGGAUGCGGCUGAGGAGCAGAGCGAGGCUAAGGCCACCGGCGCUGAUGCCGGAAAGGCGACUAAGAGAAAGUAA